AGCGAGUGAGAGGGCGCGAGAAAGGGGAAGGGGAGGUGAGGGAGGCAUCUCAAUGCUGAUGUCCAGAGCCUUCAGCAGCUACUCGCCGGCCAGCCAGGGGCUUUACACAGCUUGCCAAGAUGACGGAGGGACCCAAGAAGGCCAGCAAAAAGUUCAGGUUCUUCAAGUUCAAGGGCCUCGGGAGUCUCUCCAACCUCUCCCGGUCCUUCACUCUGAGACGGUCCUCGACCCCCGUCAGUAUCCGGUCCCAUCUGAAGCCUGACACCUUUGAUGCCACACAGGAUGACAUGGUGACAGUCCCCAAGAGCCCCCCGGCCUAUGCCCGCUCCAGUGACAUGUACAGCCACAUGGGCACCAUGCCUCGCCCCAGCAUCAAGAAGGCAGCAUCAGGACAAGCUGCCCAGAAGGCCCAGGAGGUGGGCCCUGAGAACCAUCUGGUGCCCCAAGAUCUUCCCGAACAUCCCAGCUUGGAGGCAGCCGACGAAGGGGUGGUGGGGACCAAUGCCCCCCUGGAGGACACCCCAAAAGUGGGCCCCAACCCUCCAGCAGUGGAGGUGGGCCCCACAGGAAAGCCUGAGGACCUCAGGAUGGACAUAGAAGAGGAGAGAGCCCCUGAGAAUGUGCCCCCAGAAAGGGCCGCUGGAGAGCUGGAGGCCGGUGGAGACUACGUGAAGUUCUCCAAAGAGAAGUACAUCUUGGACUCAUCGCCUGAGAAGCUGCACAAGGAGUUGGAGGAAGAGCUCAAACUCAGCAGCACAGAUCUCCGCAGCCAUGCCUGGUACCACGGCCGCAUCCCCCGCGAGGUCUCAGAGACCCUGGUACAGCGCAAUGGCGACUUCCUCAUCCGGGACUCGCUCACCAGCCUGGGUGACUACGUGCUCACGUGCCGCUGGCGCAACCAGGCCUUGCACUUUAAGAUCAACAAGGUGGUGGUGAAGGCGGGCGAGAGCUACACCCACAUCCAGUACCUGUUCGAGCAGGAGAGCUUCGACCACGUGCCUGCCCUGGUGCGGUACCACGUGGGCAGCCGCAAGGCUGUGUCGGAGCAGAGCGGCGCCAUCAUCUACUGCCCCAUCAACCGCACCUUCCCGCUGCGCUACCUGGAGGCCUGGUACGGCCAGGGCCAGGGCAGCAGCAAGGCCGCCAGCCCUGCCAGCCCCUCAGGCCCCAAGGGCAGCCACAUGAAGCGGCGUAGCGUCACCAUGACUGACGGGCUCACCGCCGACAAGGUCACCCGCGGCGAUGGCUGCCCUACCAGGUGUCUGCUCCACAGCGCAUCGCUGCCCCAUCCCCGGGAGUCCAUCCGCAACUGCGCCCUCAGCAUGGACCAGAUCCCAGACCUGCACUCGCCAAUGUCCCCCAUCUCCGAGAGCCCCAGCUCCCCUGCCUACAGUACUGUGACCCGUGUCCACGCCGCCCCUGCAGCCCCCUCGGCCACAGCGCUGCCUGCCUCCCCUGUCACCCGCCGCUCUAGUGAACCCCAGCUGUGUCCCGGAAGUGCCCCAAAGCCCCCUGGGGAGUCGGACAAGGGCUCUUACUCCAGCCCCUCCCACACCCUCUGCAAGGCCUCCCCAUCACCAUCACUCAGCAGCUACAGUGACCCGGACUCUGGCCACUACUGCCAGCUCCAGCCUCCCAUCCGUGGCAGCCGCGAAUGGGCAGCGGCUGAGGCCUCCAGCCGGCAGGCCAGGAGCUAUGAGGAGAAGCUAAAGGAACUUUCAGAAAACGGGGCCCCCGAGGGGGACUGGGGCAGGGCCUUCACAGUUCCCAUCAUGGAAGCCACCUCUUCCUUCAACCCGGCCACCUUCCAGUCACUCCUGAUCCCCAAGGAUAACCGGCCCCUGGAGGUGGGCCUCCUGCGCAAGGUGAAGGAGCUGCUGGCAGAGGUGGACGCCCGGACGCUGGCCCGACACGUCACCAAGGUUGACUGCCUGGUUGCUAGGAUACUGGGCGUUACCAAGGAGAUGCAGACCCUAAUGGGAGUCCGCUGGGGCAUGGAGCUGCUAACCCUCCCCCAUGGCCGACAGCUACGACUAGACCUGCUGGAAAGGUUCCACACCAUGUCCAUCAUGCUGGCCGUGGACAUCCUGGGUUGCACCGGGUCCGCUGAGGAGCGGGCAGCGCUUCUGCACAAGACCAUCCAGCUGGCGGCCGAGCUUCGGGGGACCAUGGGCAACAUGUUCAGCUUCGCUGCAGUCAUGGGAGCCCUGGAUAUGGCCCAGAUUGCCCGGCUGGAGCAGACCUGGAUGACCCUGCGGCAGCGACACACAGAGGGUGCCAUCCUCUACGAGAAGAAGCUUAAGCCGUUUCUCAAGAGCCUCAACGAGGGCAAAGAAGGCCCACCGCUGAGCAACACCACCUUUCCCCACGUGCUGCCGCUCAUCACGCUGCUGGAGUGUGACUCGGCCCCGGCCGAGGGCCCCGAGCCCUGGGGCAGCACGGAGCACGGUGUGGAGGUGGUGCUGGCCCACCUGGAGGCUGCCCGCACCGUGGCACACCACGGAGGCCUGUACCACACCAACGCUGAGGUCAAGCUGCAGGGGUUCCAGGCCCGGCCAGAGCUCCUGGAGGUGUUCAGCACUGAGUUCCAGAUGCGCCUCCUCUGGGGCAGCCAGGGCGCCUGCAACAGCCAGGCCCGGCGCUACGAGAAGUUCGACAAGAUCCUCACUGCCCUGUCCCACCAACUGGAGCCUGCUGUCCGCUCCAGCGAGCUGUGACCCCUUGGACCCUUCCCCUCCGCAGCUGCGGGCAGCAACGGGGACAGAGGGGCACAACCUUUCCCCAGAGCACCCCAGGGACACUGUGAUCAGCCCAAGAAUGUUCUGGGUUCCGCUCCAGGAUCUCCCUUGCACCAGGGUCCGGCUCUGGCUCUGGGCUCCACAACCCCCCAGCUCCUCUUCAGGAAGAACCGGAACCUGUCCCUCCCUCCGGCUUCUGCUUCCCCGCUUCCUGCUGAGAUGCCCUGUGUUGGAGCCACGAGCGGCUCCUCACGCCUCCUCACUCUUCUCCAGGCGUCUGCCCCCAUCGCCACCGAGGCCUCCAUCUGGCUGUAAAUACGUGUCUGUGCUGUAAAUAGAUGUACAGAAACCAUGUUCUUUCUUUCAUAUAAUAAACUUUUAUGACUCUUU